AACAUGAUGCUGGGUCGGUGUCUGAACUCGGUGACCUCUCAAGUCUUCCUAACUUAUAACUCAAAAAACAAACACAACAAGCUAAAAAGAAACUCUUAGGAAGAGAAAGAAGGAUCUCAUCUCCGAUCUCUUUCUCUUCUCUCUAUCUCUUCCUCUUUUUGUAACUGUGCUUUAGUUAUUGUUAUUUAUUUUAUUUUAUUUUUGUUAGGGUUUCUUUGAUCGAGGAAAAUCAAAAGAUUGGUAAUCGAUUGAGAUUGAAAAAUAGUGAUGGUGGUUGGAUAGUUUUGUUGUUGUUGUUGUUUAAGUGGGGAUUAAGAAAUAGAAUGAUCAGAUUUGGAAAAAAGGAAACUUGGGGUUAUAUGGGCGGUGGCAUGAAAGAAGAAUGCCAGAGUUGCGUAGUGGUGUUCGUCGUAGUAAUCGAGGAGGAGGACGCCGCCAUACUCAUCAGGUUGUAGAAGAAGAUAAAAAAAACCAACAUCUCAAAGAUCCGUUACUAAAUAUUGGUAAAGUUACGACUAGGUCUACAAUCGCUAAAUUAAAGGCUGCUGCUGUUGUUGGUGAUGCUAAAGCUGAAAUCCCCAAUCUUACAAACCAAGUUAACAAGAGAGUAGCAGUAAAUAAAAAGGAUAAGAAAGUUACUGCAACAAUCCAACCUUCUUUACCUAGACCUAGGACUAGAUUAGGUAUUGCUGCUGCUGCUAAUAAAAACAGUAAUCCUACCCAGGUGGUUGUUGUUGAUGAUGUUGAUGUGAUUGUGAUUUCUGAGAGAAGUGGUGAAUCAAAUCGUCCGCUUUUUGGUAAUCAGUUAAUUCAAGGAGGAGGAGUUCAAUUGGAAAGAGGUGAGAAUAAAGAAAUGAUGGUGGGAGGAGGAUGUGGAGAUGAUAGUGGUGGAUUAAGUGCCAAUAAGGUGGUAGCAGCAGGUCAGGAGGAAGAAGGCAAUACUGCUCCUUUCCCUGAAAGGGUUCAGGUAGGAGGAUCACCAAUCUAUAAGAUUGACAGGAAGUUAGGUAAAGGUGGGUUUGGUCAGGUUUUUGUUGGUCGUCGUGUUUCAGGUGGUACUGACCGGAUAUCAGGUCCCGGAGCUACGGAGGUUGCUCUAAAAUUUGAACACAAAAGUAGCAAAGGCUGUAAUUAUGGACCUCCAUAUGAGUGGCAAGUGUACAACACUCUUGGUGGUAGUCAUGGAGUUCCUAGGGUGCACUACAAAGGGAAACAAGGUGAAUACUAUGUUAUGGUUAUGGACAUGUUGGGGCCAAGCUUAUGGGAUGCGUGGAACACUGCAGGGCAAGCGAUGUCCUCAGAAAUGGUAGCUUGCAUUGCUGUUGAGUCUAUAUCAAUCCUAGAGAAGAUGCAUGCAAGGGGCUAUGUCCAUGGAGAUGUGAAACCGGAGAACUUUCUUCUAGGUCAGCCUUCUACAGCGCAAGAGAAGAAGUUGUUUCUUGUCGACCUUGGUUUAGCAACAAAAUGGAGAGAUGGUGCUAGUGGCCAGCAUGUUGAAUAUGAUCAACGUCCUGAUGUAUUCCGAGGAACAGUUCGGUAUGCUAGUGUUCAUGCUCACUUGGGUAGAACUGCAAGUAGAAGGGAUGAUCUAGAAUCUCUUGCAUAUACACUUAUUUUUCUUCAUAAAGGAAGAUUGCCUUGGCAGGGUUAUCAGGGAGACAACAAGUCAUUUUUAGUUUGCAAGAAAAAGAUGAUGACAUCUCCUGAAAUGCUGUGCUGUUUUUGCCCCACGCCAUUCAAGCAAUUUCUCGAGAUUGUUGUAAACAUGAAAUUUGAUGAAGAGCCUAAUUACUCCAAAAUGAUAUCAUUGUUUGAUUGUCUAAUUGGACCAAAUCCGGCUAUAAGACCAAUUAAUACUGAUGGUGCUCAAAAGAUCAUUUAUCAAGUUGGACAAAAGAGGGGUAGAUUAACUAGCGAAGAAGAAGAUGAUGGGCAACCAAAAAAGAAAGUCCGCCUCGGAGUUCCUGCAACCCAAUGGGUUUCUAUUUACAAUGCCAGGAUGCCAAUGAAACAGAGGUAUCAUUACAACGUGGCCGAUGGACGGUUGGCGCAACACGUGGAAAGAGGAAAUGAGGAUGGUUUGCUUAUAAGCUGUGUGGCUUCUUGUUCUAAUCUUUGGGCACUUAUUAUGGAUGCUGGAACUUCUUUCACAGCUCAAGUCUAUGAAUUGUCACCAUUCUUCCUCCACAAGGAGUGGAUUAUGGAGCAAUGGGAAAAGAACUAUUACAUAAGUUCAAUUGCUGGUGCUAACAAUGGAAGUUCCCUUGUGGUGAUGUCUAAAGGAACCCAAUACACCCAGCAAUCUUACAAAGUCAGCGACUCAUUUCCUUUCAAGUGGAUCAACAAGAAGUGGAGAGAAGGAUUCCAUGUAACUUCAAUGGCAACUGCUGGAAGCCGAUGGGGUGUUGUUAUGUCUCGCAAUGCUGGAUUCAGUGAUCAGGUCGUCGAGUUAGAUUUUCUCUAUCCAAGCGAGGGCAUCCACAGACGUUGGGAUGGUGGUUACAGAAUAACAGCUACGGCUGCUACCUGGGAUCAAACUGCUCUUAUUUUAAGCGUCCCCAAAAAAAAACCUGGUGAUGAAACUCAAGAAACCUUACGGACAUCUGCAUUCCCGAGUACACAUGUGAAGGAGAAAUGGGCGAAAAAUCUCUAUCUUGCUUCUGUCUGCUAUGGGCGAACUGUCUCUUAAAAUUUGAACUGUAACAGAUUUCUCAUUUUCUACUUCAUAUAUAGAAGAAGAGUCAGGAAGCACGUAGAAGCCUCGAGUCAAGUCUUGUAAUCCAGAGGGUGCUAAGAAGGCAACAUGUACUUUCUGUGGAAGCCCAGGGAAUAUCAUCAUCUUCUUUUUUAAUCUUUUUUUCAGUUUAUAUCGGCUUUUGCAGUUAAUGUCAUGUUAAUUUGUAUAGCUUAACUAGCAAAUCUCGGUUGGACGAGCUUUAAAGAAAUGCUCUUCAUCCCAUUGUAUGAAAUUAUUUAUAAUACAACCUUGGUUGGGUAACCAACAUCCUCUCCAUUUUCCUUAA